AUGUCGCCCCGAAGCCGCCGGCGGACGACGUCGAAACCCCCGCGAGCCGACGCAGCGCCUCCCAAGUGUCGACGACCUGCGAGCAGAAAAGUCACCGGCGCAAGAGACGGUCUCUUCCGGCCGUCGCAAGCGAAGGCGCUGCCGCACGUCAUCGACCUCACCACAGCCGAAGACGACAGCGCCGCAUCGCUCGCGUCGGAUGACCCGCACGCGGUCCCUCUGCACUUGGAGUCCACGGACUACUUCACAGUUCUGCGUCUGCCGCGCGCUGCGAGCGACGCGGACGUGAGACGCGCGUACCGCCAACUGGCGGUGCAGUGGCAUCCCGACAAGAACCGCUCGCACCCGCGGGCGGAAGAGGCGUUCAAGCGCAUCAGCGAAGCGUACGAAGUGCUGAGCGAUCCCGUCAAACGACAGCAAUACGAGGCACUGGACGCUAAUAAUGGACCGUCGGCAGGCGGUGCAGCGCCACCGCGAGAUCCGUUUCCCUGUCACGAACGGGCCACGAGGUACUCGACGCGUCGAGCGCGCGACAUGUUCGACCACUUUUUUGGCGACAACGAUCCGUUUGCCGCCUUCUUUGGAGGCGGAGGUGGCCAGAGCUAUGGCUCGAGAUGGGGUGCGGGCGAUCCGUUCAUGGCGAUGCGAAGUAGCGGCGUGGAUCUGAACAUGGGUCUGGCCAUGGGCGUGCCUGGAUUCGGUGGCAUGGCGGGCAGGUCGAUGAUGGGCGGGGCCACCAGUGACGGGUUCUACGGCAGGAGUGGACUCGCUGGCCGAGUCUUUUCGACCACUUCGAGUUCGUCGUCCUCGACGGUCACGGAUCGGAACGGGAAUGUGAUCCAGCGCAAGACAAUGACGACGACGGGAUCGGACGGUCUCGUGCGUUCAGUCACGGAGGAGUAUUGCAAUGGCAAGCUGGUGAACUCGUCGUCGUCGGAUGCUGGUAGCCGCUUGGCAGGUGGUGGUGGUGGUGGGCGGAUGCAGCUUGAUGGAACUUCCAGCUGUGUCACGAGUAGCUACCAGCGCAGUGUCUCGCGUCCAAAGUAUUGA